AAUUUUAAUAAUUUAAUAAAUUAAAACAUAAAUAAUGGGUGAUACAAAAGUAAAUACAUUUUUUAUAUCGGAGAAAAUCUCUAAAGUGCGCUGGGUGCCGGAACAGCUAAAAGAAAGUGAACGUUUUUUAAGUGGCAGCUGGGACAUGCCCAAAAAUUUUGUUCGAAUUUGGCGUCUGCAAAAGAAUCAGUAUGUUGACGAUUACAAUGAAUAUGUGCCCAGAUGUAAUGAUAAGUUUGCCAUGCCGGGGGAUGUAACGGGCCUAGAAUUUGUAACAGAUGAAGCGGCCAUAGUGAGUUGUAGCGAUGGCCGCAUAACUUUAUUGAAAAUUAAGAAGGCCGUUGAGGAAGAUACUUUGCAGGAGGAAGGCAAAAGUGAGGUUUUACAUCAUUUUGAGGCUAGCGGAGAUGCUGCUUGCUGUACUGCUAUUUCUGUGUAUGGCAAGGAGGUGGCUACUGUGGGCGAAGAUGGCCGUUUAAAUAUCGUUGAUACCCAGGCACAUUUGGCUACUAGACGUUCUAUAGAGGCAGAUAGUUUGUCUUUACUCUCAGUACUUUAUGUUAAUCCUCAAGAGGUUCUGGUGGCCAAUCGUAUGGGUGUCAUACGCAUGUUUGAUAUACGCUCAUCCGCCGAAGCAACACCAUCAGCUGCUUUUAUGACUUCCUGUGAAGACGAUAAAUCCUCAAAUUAUGUCUCCUGUUUAACUUCUCAUCCCACUCAGCCCCAUAUUGUGCUGGCCGGUUCCGAAGAAGGUUCUAUUACCGUUUGGGACUUGCGCAAUCCUGGCUAUCCCGCCUCUUAUCUAUCUGCCCAUAACAGUCCUAUCACUGAUAUUGGUUUUCAUCGAUCCGACCCCUCUAAAUUGUUUUCCACUGCCGAAAGUGGUGAAUUGUGGUUGUGGUCUCAACAUUCCUCCAUGGGUGUCGCCAGUGCCAUGGAACCUUCCAACACAGACAACAUCAACCCCUGGCUAAAUGGUGAACGUGCCAAAAAUCGCAUUAGUGUGACUUCUUUAAUAUCGGAUUUGCGCAAAUCAAUUAAUACAUUUGAUUCCCAAAGUUCAAAAAUAAUCUGUGGCAGUGAUAGCGAAGCGUUUUAUUUUGUUGAUAAUAUUUUAUAAACCGUAGAAGGAUUUCCUGCUAGUCCUAAGUUCGUAUUUUUAUUAUUUUUCUAAGUUGUAUGUUUUGUUUUACUUAUUAAAACUUUAAAUUUUUUUAUACAGAGAAUUCAAAUGCAUACAAAGUGUUUCAAGAUUUACAAAAAUUA